AUUGGUCGACAGGGAGUGUGUGCGCAGGCAACGCAUCCUGUCCGUUUGAAUGUGCUGGGACUGGAGGGGAUCAUUUCCAUGGACCAUCUGUCUCGCUGGCUGCCCACACAACAAAGAAGGACCCAGGAUGGUGUUAGUACAUGUUGGAUAUCUGGUUCUCCCGGUCUUCGGCUCAGUUAGAAAUAGAGGAGCGCACUUCACCAGGCAUCAGCACAGCCAUGCUACCUCCUGCCGACACUUUCACCUGGGCGCCCCCCAGGUGCCCCUGUCCGCCGAGUUCGCCCUGGGACACGCCAGCCAGCCUCCGCAGACAGGCCUGGCCGCCCACCUGCCCCCCGCACACCACCCGCCCCUCACUGCCUUGCCGGCACCCCCCCAGUUUCAGGACGUGCCGGGGCCUCCAUUCCUACCUCAGGCCUUACACCAGCAAUACCUCAUCCAGCAGCAGCUUCUUGAAGCGCAGCAUCGCAGGAUCCUGCCGCACCCCAGGAGAACCCAGGAGCGACUUCCCCUGAACCCUCACCGGCUGCGUUCAGGCUACGAGUUCUCCCCUCCGCUCCACGUCCCCCAGCCCAUGACGCAGCAGCCGCGGUACCUGGCCGAAGGCACCGACUGGGAUCUCAGUGUGGACGCCGGCCUUCCUCACCACCAUUACCAGCUCCAGCAGCUUCCACAGCACUAUCAGCAUUACCUGGCCUCCCCUCGAAUGCACCACUUCCCCAGGAACACGUCCUCUGCACAAGUGGUUGUGCACGAAAUCAGAAACUACCCAUACCCCCAGCUGCACUUGCUGGCACUGCAGAGUCUAAACCCCUCCAGGCACGCCACCGCUGUGCGAGAGAGCUACGAGGAGCUGCUGCAGCUGGAGGACAGGCUGGGAAGCGUCAGCAGAGGAGCCGUGCAGACAACCAUAGAAAGAUUCACCUUUCCACACAAAUACAAGAAGAGAAAGCCGCUGCAGCUGAAGAUCGGUGAGGAAGAGGAGACAGAUGUGGAUGAGAAAUGCACCAUAUGUUUGUCCAUGCUGGAAGACGGGGAAGAUGUCAGGAGAUUGCCUUGCAUGCACCUCUUCCACCAGGGCUGCGUGGACCAAUGGCUGGCCACCAGCAGGAAGUGUCCGAUCUGCCGGGUUGACAUCGAAACGCAGCUGACCCCCGACAGCUGAUGAGCUUCAGCCCACCCUCCUCUGUCAAUCACUCUCUCGUGGUUCCUGCUUUCUUCCAUCCCGGCUCGCCGGACCCUCCCUCCCCUUUGUUGGGUGCUUUGCCAAAUGUCUCCAGAUUUCAUGUGACAUCUCUUCUGACUCAUGCUUUACUGAGCCAAGACAGGGCAACUAACUCCAUGAGAGGCCCGCAGAGGGCUCUCCUUAUAUAGAAGCACAUCUCUCUGGAAGCAGAAGACACAAAUACAAACACACACACACGCUCAUGUACACAGGGUUUACUUGUAGCUUGCUGGUUGUAAGUGGGGUGCCGUUGCUGUUGUGGUGUUGUACUGUAGGUAGCCUCGGGCUGUGUAGCAUGUCCUUAAAGCCAUGACCUAAUGUCCUGAGAGUGGAAAUCCUAUAACCCCCACACUAAGCUGGCUACGUUAUCUCUUUUCUCUCACUAUUUCUAUACACACAUAUAUAAAUAUAUAUAUAUUUCUCUCUUUUCAAACACACUUCAAUCAAAAUGAAUAUUCUGCCACACAAGAACGCUUAACUUAAGAAAGCUUAACAUAAACUAAAUGCUCUGAUGUUUACCUAAAGAUCAUUUGUGGUUGUAGUAGAGUAGCAGUAACCAAUAAGUGAUUUCUGGCGCACUGGCGCCUUCUUGGGAGCAGAUGCCAGCUAGCCCAGUGUUUUAAUUCCAUCAUGCAGCUUUGACAUUUUUGCAAUACCAGUUGUACAUUUAUUUUGGCUUGGCAUCGUGCGAGUGGGUCUCUUUCACUGCCGUGGAAACCGAGCUCGAUGAUCAAGUCAGUGUGUCUACAUUUAAAAAAAAAAAAACUAGAUAGAAAGUGUUUUACCAAAAUGCAUUUUGUCAUGGUGUAGCUUGAACCUGGAGCGUGGGUUCACCUAUGUGUGUGUGUGUGUGUGUGUGGAUGUGUGUGUGCUUUGCCCCGCUGCGUGUGACUUAAAGAAUGUGUCUCGACAGCCGUCGCGUGUGUGUCCAACAAGUGCAAAUGUGUGCGAGCCGGUGGUUCGAGGCCACACCCGGACUCAGUUAAUAGCACGGUCACUGGGGUGCUUGUACAACACGAAGCCAAAAAAAAUAAAGGGAUGAAAAACAAAAAGCUAUCGUGCACUGCAGAGCGAGGUGGGAGGAAGAUUUAGCUGCCCUUGUGCCUGCGUCUUCAUCUGGCUCGGAGCCAGUGGCGGAACAGCGGGCGCAAACAAUGCAUGUUUCAUCAUUGACUCGAGCUGUCAGCUUUGGUAGUGGUCCUUUAUUUUGAAAAGGUACAGAGAUGGCUGUGCAUGACUUAGUUAAUCUGAGCUGUGACUAUCUUCUCAACACUAAUUAACAAGAACUAAAUGAGCUCCGUGCCAACGGAUGCUCCCCUGACUGUAGCAUGUGUUCACCCUGUCCUCCCCGGCGGCGACGAUGGGAUCCUCUGUUUGAUGUUUACCUUAUUGCCUAAAGAAUAAGCACAUGUGACAAUAGAUAUAGCAACAAAGGUUUAUCCCUCGGUAUUGCAUUUGCGUUGGCUUCUAUUUUGUGUAUAGACUCAUGCAGUGUUUCGGUGGAGAGAGGAGCUCGCGUAUUGAUCUCGUGUGUUUGUGUGACAGACCUCCCCUCGUGGUUGCUAUGCUGGUUGCUAAGCUGUACUGCUAGAACAUGUAGAACGUGGUGCGACGGAGGCAGCCUCGCGCUCACGGUGCACACAGACACGAGACAACGCGACAGCAGGGAGACGUUGUCGGCUUCUUUUCGCGGCUCCACAGCCUGUGUGUUUCCUUCAGGACCCUAGUACUUGUCCCUGUCGUGUGCACUGCCAGUGUUGACCCUGCCUCCUCCUGUAGUGGAGUCAUCCGUGAUAAAGUUUUCAUAGUUUACACAGGGUGUUGUCAGUUGAGAUGCCUUAAGUAUUUAACAAUCAUAAUUUAUUACUAACUGUAGAUAUUGUGGGUAUGUAUUUAAUUUUAUAGUUUUUCGGGACUGAAUCAUAAUUUAUUUAUUUAGAAAUAACAUAAAAAUGCUAUGAAAAAAACUAUUACCUCAUUUUUGCAUUGUUUUAAAUGGGAAUGCUUUGCAUGCAGUUGUACUUUUUGGAUCACUAGAGUUAAAAGAAAAAAAAACUUGCCCUGCUGUUUGAUCUCCAUGAGCUGGCUGUGCUGUUUACUGUCCAAGGCUGAGCUACUGAGCCCUCUCUCUCUCUCUCUCUCUCUCUCUCUCUCUCUCUCUCUCAUGUGGUGCUGUGGAUCUUGGUUACAUUCCGUUCAAUGCAAUUUCUCGGAUCCCCCAUGCUGUGAUGUAGUGGACAAACUGCAAUGAAGUGAAUUGGUUUUAGUUUGUGAUUUCUUGCUUUUAUUUUGUUUUGCACUCACUUGUUCGAAUGGGAACCCUCUCACUGGCAAAAAAGGUACUUUUAGAUGGUUUCCUAUCACCACUAAGACCUCUGGCUUUUGUUCUUAUGCUCCGCUUCUUACAAUGCACUAUGGGUCUUAACAAUGAUCGUCUGUGAAGCAUGUUCCUCUGCUCUAUCUCUAAGUUUAGUUUCUCUUCAGUUCUUUUUCCAGAAUAGUUUGUAGACGUAAGCAUAACAAGUGCCUCCCUUUAAGUGUUACGAGACAUCUCCAUCACUGAAACCAAUCAAUCCAUGAAGCCACCAUGCCUUAUUGGUUGCAUAAUUAGCUAAAAGAAUGGCUCACGAAAGCACGAUGGACAUAUGCAGGUGUCUACAAAAAGCCAUUUUCCUCAAAAUUUCAAGUCAGGCUGAUCAAAACAGCUCCAGGUUCAUAGAAUUAAGCAUACGAUACUGUGGGUAAGACUUUAAAGGGGCAUGUUUCACUGUGGGCUUUACAAUAAACCUCUCUUUUUAUUUGUUUCCCUUCUCUUUCUUCCUCUUAUUUCACCGUCCAUCUCUCCUCUCAGAAUCUGUCCUGCUUCCUUUCACAGUCCAAAAGGAAAGCAAGGAUUUUAAAGCACAACCUUUUUCUAGAAAUGCAUGUUUUCUCAGGUUUCAAUAUAGUCUGAAUGGUUUAAUAGUAUAUGGUGAAAAUAUAUACAAAGAAUAUAACAGGAAAAAAAAUAUUGAUUUUUUUGCUGCUUGAAUCUGAAAAACAAACUGAAGAGAAAAAUCCCAAAAAGUGCCAGUGAAAGGGCUGCCGCCAUCCUCGUAUGAAAAUCUGCUGUUUAGCUGUGACUGCGCAAUGAUUUUCAAUAUAGGAUAUUUUAUCUGAAAAUAGAACUAUUUAUCAUUAAUAUUAAAGCAAUAGCGCAUUAAUGUGAUGAGUGUGCUGAUGAAGAAAUGGAUGAGCAUAUUACUGUAUGGGUAAACGUUAGAUUCACAUUUGGUGGAAUUUUGUACUUUAUUUAUUAUUACUACUACUAAUAAUAAUAAUGAUUUCAAGAGUUGCAUUGCUAAACCCAAACUGUUGAUUUUUUUUAUUUUAAUUUUAUUUCAUGGCUUGUAUAUUAUCCUUUUGUAUGUGCUCUUUUUGUAAUAAAUCUGAUAAAACUGA